ACCUUUAAGUUUUACUGUUGUGAUACAUAGCCCAGUUCUAAAGCAGGAGGCGUCUGAAAGAGAAUAAAAGCUUUUUGCUUUCUCGUCCUUGGCGUUCUGCAAUUUGCAAGAGCCUGUUUCUCUCUUUUCUUUGCUUUCCUUUGCUUCUCCUUCUUGGGUAACCAAGCUUGCUUUGACUGCUCAAGAGACAUGUCGAACUGCAUCGAUGUUGCGCCUGAGCAACUCUGCUACAUCCCCUGCAACUUUUGCAAUAUUGUUCUUGCGGUGAGUGUUCCAUGCAGUAACCUGUUUGACAUCGUCACCGUCCGAUGCGGGCACUGCACCAAUCUAUGGUCCGUGAACAUGGCCGCCGCGUUUCAGUCACUGUCAUGGCAAGAUGUUCAGGCACCGAACUACUCGACGCCGGAUUACAGAAUUGAGUCGGGGUCGUCUUCCAAAUGCAACAAGAUUGCAAUGCGAGCACAGCCAACAAGUGUCACAGAGGAAAGGGUUGUGAAUCGACCUCCCGAGAAGAGGCAGCGAGUGCCAUCUGCAUACAACCAGUUCAUAAAAGAGGAGAUCCAGAGGAUCAAGGCCAAUAAUCCGGAUAUUAGCCACAGGGAAGCAUUUAGCACUGCUGCCAAAAAUUGGGCACACUUCCCUCAUAUUCAUUUCGGCCUCAUGUUGGAGACCAAUAAUCAGGCUAAGUCCUUGGACAAUGGGUCUGAGAAGCAUUUAAUGUCGAUGGCUACACUACUGAACAAAUGAGGGGGGAGUCUUGAUUGUACGAGACCAGUUGUGUACUUGGGAGAAAUUCACGUUCUUCAAAGUAAACAAAAGGCCUCCACGUUAAUUACUGUGUUUUAAGGAGAUUUAACUUAUCCUUAUCCAUUGUAUCUGUGGCUAGCUAGCUUGUUGUUUAGGGGUUUCAUUUACAAGACUUCAAGUGCAUGAUGUACGCUAAGCUAGCUACUUUUAGUUCUCAUCGUCGUCAACCUUUUACUUUCUUCCCAAGAUUAUUACUAAAUAAAUUUAUGCAUUUUAAUU